CAGCGCUUCGUCACAUGAUCAGCUGCUGACUCCUGUUCCGCUCACGGAAUCGAGGCUUUCCCCUACAGUUUCCAGCGCUGCAGCCUGAAAACAUAUCAACCAGUUUUUAUGGGAUUUCUCUAGGUAGAUUUAGUUAGAUGAGAGGAUUAAACGUGGAAUUUUGAUACUAAAAUACAUUUUACCAUUUUACGUGUUUUGGAAGUGUGAAAGCAUCAUGAACGGACACGCCAUUCUCUACACUGGGGUCACUUUGGCCUUCUGGAGUACCAUCCUCAUCGUCGGCAUUUGUUACACUAUAUUUGACCUCGGAUUUCGGUUCGACGUAGCAUGGUUUCUGACGGAGACCUCACCGUUCAUGUGGGCUAACCUUGGAAUAGGCCUGGCCAUAUCCCUCUCUGUGGUCGGAGCUGCAUGGGGCAUUUACAUCACAGGCUCCAGCAUCAUUGGGGGAGGUGUUAAAGCUCCUAGGAUCAAAACAAAGAAUUUGGUCAGUAUCAUUUUCUGUGAAGCUGUCGCUAUCUAUGGGAUCAUAAUGGCUAUCGUCAUAAGUAACAUGGCUGAGACCUUCAGCGGAACCACUCCAGAAACCAUUGGGGCGAAAAACUAUCAAGCAGGCUACUCCAUGUUUGGCGCGGGGCUUACCGUGGGCUUCUCCAACCUCUUCUGCGGCAUCUGCGUGGGCAUCGUGGGCAGUGGCGCCGCCCUGGCCGACGCCCAGAACGCCAGCCUCUUCGUCAAGAUCCUCAUCGUGGAGAUCUUCGGAAGCGCCAUCGGGCUCUUUGGGGUCAUUGUUGCCAUCCUGCAGACCUCAAAAGUAAAAAUGGGAGAGAUAUGAAAAUUCCACACGACCAACAGAAGAUGAAACGCGUUGUUCACAAGAUCAAUUGUGUAUAUAUUUAGUAAUUUAUUUCCAUGUUUUUUUUUUUCUCGCACCUUUUUUAACCCUUCAUUAGCUGAAGAGUGACUGGUUUGUCGAGCUUCUGCUGUCAACAUCUGAGCAUCAGUGCUGCAUAAUCAUAAAACUGUUUGGUAGCAGGCACUAGUCUACACUCCUUUAAGAAAACCACCCUCAUCUGCAAUGGACCAUUUUAUGGUUACGUCAAGUAAGAACAAUCAAAGCGGGUUCAUAUGAAUCUUCCUUGGUGUAUGAAGUUUAAAAGGCUGUCAGAAUAAGUACUUCAGUGGGUGUUUCGUGAAUAAGGAAUGGCCCGAAGGAACCCCUUAAAGUCUCCAGUCUCUCAAAUUUAAUGGAGUCAACUGCAUUAUUAUUAAUUUAUUAAUUGCAUAGCCUGGUGAAAAUCCAGAUUUAAGAAAGAAAUCAGAUUACAGUAGUUCUGGCUGUAAAACACCUUUGUGGUGUAUGAAACUGAAUGUUGUGUUGUGAAACAGUUUUUCUUCUAAUUGGACGUAAAUGUUCACAGUAUUUGACCCGUUCCCUAGUAUUGUGGCUAAUGGCCGUGCAGAACCUGAGGCAAGUCCUUUUAGACGUGACUUUCAGGACAGCUGUGACCGCUGUCUUCUCACUUUCCUUCGCUGUGGGGGUUCCGCCUCUCUCUACUGGUCUUUAUUCCCACAGGGAUUUGAAUUAGACCGACAUAACUCAGUGUGAAAGGGAGACGUUUAAGUAUUUGGCUUAACUGCUUAUUACCGUUGAUUUGCAUAGCGCAGCAAAUUAAAGUCUCAAUAUUUGAAAUUUAGAUUAAUGGCAAACAGUCUAGGGUUUGCUAUGAAAUAUUAAUGGUUGCACCUCAUUUGCUUUAGCCGAAUGUUAAAUGUUUUUUGCCUACCGGCAUGGACGUCAGCAAUGAUAAACAGUCUUCAGCUAUGAAUGCUUAAAAAAGAAUGGAGUAUAGAUAGAUAGAGUGUGUAUAUAUAUAUAUCUGUAUACUGGUAUAUAUAAAGAGAUUUUUUUCUGUCCUUAUAAUUGUGAAGCAUGAGGGUGUUUACUAUUCCGUGUUCCCUGGUCGUGCUUGUCAUUGAUUUUUUUUUUGUUUUUUUUUUUUUGUUUCUUUUCUUUUUUUUGUGCUUUUGAAAAAUGCUACGGUCUUGAGAGAUGUUACCUCUUAACUCUGCCUUCAGAAGUACCCUUGCUGAGCGCUGUGGGUGAGAGAGUAUCGCAGGGAUCAUCAGAUCAUGGUCCUUCGAGGGCCGGCUGUGAUUACAGUCCGGCCAAUCAGUAGCGGUAAUCAUUCAGUUAAUUACCCGGGAGGAAAGAAAACCAGGGCCGGAUUUGGAUUCAGGGUCCAGAUUUGAUGAUCCCUGGUACUCUUUUCAGGAGCACAGGUCGUAUGGCCCUGGAUUUAGAUCAACAGGCCCUGGGUUUACACUGCACCACACGGUUGUUAAAUCGGGUUUUAACACUUCCGGUUCGUACCUCUCCACGCGUAGUUGGCACGAAAGCAGUCUGACUGUAAUUAAUGUCUGCUUGAAGGACUCAUGAACUCGGUCAUAUUUGAUGCUCAAAUGUUUACUCAUUGGUUGAGACUGCAUGCAGCAAAGGCUGGCUAUUUCUGUAAAAUUCUGAUCUGAUAUUUCCAUCUUUUUUCUUUAAAAAAAAAAUAAAAACUUUUAAUCAGCUUCAGCUGUACAAUCCAAAAUACUGGCUCAUGGGUACAUGCCUGAGUUUGCUGUUGGCUUUUUGGCUUUUUUGUUAACUUGUGGGUGUAAUUGUACUCAUUUGAGUGGCCAUAGAAAAAUAAUGCUAAUUAAACUUGAAUGCUUUCCGGCGGCUUAAUUAAUUGUAAAAACGAGAUAAGACAGUUUACUGUUUAAUUGCUGAUAUUUAUUUCAUACAGUUCUAGAAAUGGUUUUAUUGUAGUUAUACCUGAUCUGUAGUGAAUGUGCUCAGUGCAAACAAGCCACAGUCCAUACAGCUCAUUAGAAUCCAAAAACGUUUCCUGCAGUCUUAUUUUGAGGGUGACCCAGAUAUUGUAAUAAGUGCACACUUCAUCUUGCUAGUAUUUGCUGCAACAUCCCAAAUAGCAGAACAUAGUUCAUUGUCAGUAACAUCCAGUUAGACUGUAAUCACAGCCGUAACCAAUCUGCCGCAGGUGAUGUAUGUUUGAAUACCGCCCUAUUUGUCACUAUUACACUGUAUUGUGAUAUAUUUUUGUGCUUUUUUCUUGUAUUGGUACAUUCCUAAAUUGCCAUCUGUGUAGAGGUUCAUUGAUGAUCGUGGAGAGAAGACCUAGACCACCAUGCUCCUGUUUCAGUGACUGUGUGUGAAACGUUGUUGUGGUGAAUCUGUUCUUUCAGGAGUGUGUAAAAGUGGGUUCUCUUCUGUCGACUUCUUAAUUUGUCCAAAUCCUGGUGAGAAAUAAAAUCUCUGUACUCUA